AUGGAUUGUCAGAGAGUGCUGUCCCUUUGGGACCAAGCUGCCUUCCGAGGCUACAUGUCUGUUGCUCUCUGCUUUCCUACCAGCCUCACCGCUAAGCCUCCGGGACAUGACAUCGUUGGCCGCAUCAGGCAGUCGCUCAGGCGGCUCGCUUUGGAGCGGGCAGAGUUUGCCGGCAAUCUCACGGUGCAGCACACCAACGUUGUUCUCCAGCAGACCAUAUCGGACUUUAUCCCCUUGGAGGUGCUCCACACCCCCUCUGACGCCCCCUCUGACACCCUCUUUAAGAUGUCUUACGACGAGCUGGCGGCCCGAGGCUUCCCGGCCAAGGCUUUCGUCCAUCCCGACUUCACUCUGAACAUUCCUUUGGAAGAAGGGGGUGAACCUGUCCCGGUCUCUAAAUUCCGGGUUCUCUUCCUCAUCGAGGGUGGGUUCGUUCUCUUUGUCAACCUCCACCAUUCUUUUGCAGACGGAUCCAACCUGGCUACUCUCCUUGUGCUUUUUGGCAAGGCCACCGUCGCUGAGGACAAAAAUGACCCCAUCGGCGCUUACCAACCAGCCAACGUUUGGCUGAGCCUUCCCUUUGAAAAGUGCGGCAAGGACUUCUCGAGCCUCCUGGCCAAGUGUCCGGAGUACGCUCUGCUGGACGAGUCUAUCGGCCCGACCAAACCCAUCCUCUCGACUCUCCCCAACGCUCCUGGGACCAAUGAUGUUGGCAAGAAUAUCAUUGUGGAUCUUGACAAGAUUACUAACCUUUUCGACAAGUCGUUGAAGAUCUCGGCCUUUUUCGGAUUUUCUGCCAUUGCUUGGUCUCACAUCGCCAGGGCCCGUCUCUCCGGCGUGGAACCUGUUCAGCAGUGGGCUUUCCGGAACCAGGUCCCGGCCUUCUGGAACCCCGCUGACUGGUCCAACAAGUGCAAGAAGCUGUUCGCCGAGGGGGACUACGCCGACAAGAAGUACUUUGAUGCUAUCCAAGGCUAUUACGGUAACUCGGUGACCCUUCCCAUCACUUGUGGACCCAUCAAGGUUCUCGACCUUCUUUCUGCUUGCCGUUGGAACACCCACGCCUCGGGUCGCGACAGCCUCACCAAGAUCGCCACGGCCAUCAGGGCCGCCAACAAGGCCGUCAACGAAGGCUUCAUCCUCAUCCAGACCGCUCUCUUCCACAACACCCCGGAUAUCCGCAAGCUAGGCAUGAACCUCGACUCUCGUGGUCCCCAGCACUUGUCGGUCAACACCUGGGGCUUCUUGGGUACCGAAGCCAAGUUCUUCUUCCCCGGUCUCAGAAACGCUGUGACCGGUGGUGAUGGUGUGAGAGCUGAGGCUGUCUGCCGUGUUCAGGGCGCGUGGGCCAAGGCUCCUCACUGCCUGGUUCUCCCCCACCGCCCUGCCAUCAACCCCAAGAAGGAAUGGAGGUUGUGA